AUGGCCAAAGAGAGUAGUUCGACAGCGGGGACAGUCCCGCCCGUCCCCAUCUUAUCAGAUUCCCAUCAUUCGGGCAUCAGCAAACGCCUGGCAGAGGCAGCAAAUGCGGCCAAGGCGAGAGUCUACGCCAACAAAACCGUAUCGGGGGUGACACCGCGUAAGGGCGAGCUGCCUGUCCUGCCACCGGGAAUCCAGCGCCAGACAUUCAACACCGCCAUUGAAGAGCUGAAGCGCACGCUGGGCUCAGAGCAUGUCGUUAUAAACGACAAGCCUCUAGAUGAUGGGUGGUAUCUGGAACAUCCAAACACUCACGACGCUUUCCACCUCCUUGACCCCAAUGAAACCGUCUCCUCAGCCGUGGCAUAUCCCGGCUCGACGGAAGAGGUCUCUGCCGUGGUGAAAUGGGCCAACAAAUACGAGAUCCCUCUCUGGCCCAUCUCCAUGGGUCGGAAUCUGGGCUACGGCGGAGCUGCACCUCGAGUGAGAGGAAGCGUCGUCGUCGACCUUGGGAAGCGCAUGAACAGGGUCUUGAACAUUGACCCGGAGCAGUGCUCCUGUCUCGUCGAACCGGGUGUGUCGUACUACAAACUCUAUGAAGAAGUCCAGAAGACGGGCUAUCCGCUCUGGAUCGAUCCGCCAGAUUUGGGCGGUGGUUCGGUCCUCGGAAAUGCUGUGGACCGGGGGGUGGGAUAUACUCCGAUGGGCGAUCAUUUCGCAAAUCAUUGCGGGUUCGAAGUCGUUCUACCCACCGGCGAUGUUAUCCGGACAGGCAUGGGAGCCUUACCCGGCCCUGGUGGUGAAGACAAUCCGACAUGGCAGUCAUUCCAAUACGGCUACGGUCCCUAUGUCGAUGGCAUCUUCACGCAGUCCAAUUUCGGCAUUGUUACCAAGAUGGGGCUAUGGCUGAUGCCCGCGACGGAGCAUUUGACCUUCAUGGUGACGUUCCCGAAUGACGACGAUUUUGAAGACAUCAUCGAUGUCAUCAGACUGCUGAUGGUCAGGAGGAUCUUGGGAAACGUUCCACAGCUGCGACAUGUGAUUCAGGAACUGGCUGUCACGGGGAAGAAUAGAGAAGAGUUCUACCGGGGUGAAGGGCAGAUUCCUAGGGAAGUCAUCCGCCAACAUGCGUCGAAGAUGCCUUGUGGUGAUUGCUCGUGGAUAUUUUAUGGUACCGUUUACGGGUCUCAGAAGCAGAUCCAGGACACCCUCGCGGUCGUCAAACGAGAGUUCAGCAGAAUUCAUGGAGCGCGGUUUAUCUUCCCUGACGAUGUCCCGCCGGACCAUUACCUCCACUCACGAGUACGAGUGUGCUCAGGCGUCCCAGAAAUCCGCGAGCUGGAGUGGUUGAACUGGAAGAAGAACGGAGCCCACCUGUUCUUCUCACCGAUCUGCCCGACCAAGCGACAGGAUGCCCGGAAGAUCAUCGACAUUGCAGCCCGUAUCCACAAAGAAUAUGAAUUCGAUCUCUUCCCGACGUUCUGCAUUGCCACGCGUGAGAUGCACCUGAUUGUGAACAUUGUCUACGACCGAGCAAACCAAGACGAGAAGCGCAGAGCGGUCGCCGCGAUCCGGAAGAUGAUCGACGAAUGCGCUGAGGCCGGAUAUGGCGAGUAUCGGACACAUAUCUUGCUAGCGGACCAGGUGGCGCACACCUAUUCGUGGAACAACCAGGCGUUAUUGCGCUUCCAUGAGACUCUAAAGGACAGCCUUGAUCCCAAGGGCAUUCUUGCUCCUGGACGGAACGGCAUCUGGCCGAAGAAGUAUCGAGGCCAGGGUUGGGAAUUGUUGGGGGAAGGCAGGAGUACUUCGACAAGACCAAGUCACGGCUCUAGGCGUAGCAGAAAACAGCUUGUCCACUCUGUAAAGUUCACCAAAAAGAAUAGUAAUUGUGAUGGAUACUCUUGA